AUGGCCCCAUCAGCAGUCGAAAGCGUGUCUAACCUGCCGCUGAAAGUGGCUUCCAAAAAGACUUCUUCUAAUGACCUCUUGGAUCUCGACUUACAGGAUUCAGAACUGGACGGGCGAGUUCUAAAGACUUUUCGAUGUCUGAUUGCAGACCUUUGCCAACAAUUCAAUGGCGGACAUCCGGGUGGUGCUAUGGGGAUGGCAGCUAUUGGAGUGGCUCUGUGGAAGUACGCCAUGAAGUAUUCCCCGGAGAACCCUAGCUUCUUCAAUCGAGACCGCUUCGUGCUGUCAAAUGGCCACACAUGUCUUUUUCAAUAUACAUUUCUACACUUAGUGGGAUACAAAUAUAUGACCUUUGAUCAAUUGAAAUCCUACCACUCCGCAAGGACCGAUUCGUUCUGCCCGGGCCAUCCUGAAAUUGAACAUGAAGGAAUCGAGGUGACAACCGGUCCAUUGGGGCAAGGAAUUGCAAAUGCUGUUGGACUUGCCAUGGCGACCAAACAUCUGGGAGCAACAUACAACAAGCCAAACUUUCCCCUUGUUGACAAUACAACAUGGUGCAUGAUAGGAGACGCAUGCCUGCAAGAAGGGGUCGCACUAGAGGCCAUCUCACUUGCGGGACAUUGGAAACUCAACAACUUGGUCGUAAUCUACGACAAUAACCAGGUUACUUGUGACGGAUCGGUGGAUAUCUGCAACAACGAGGAUGUGAACGAUAAGAUGAGAGCGUGUGGCUGGAAUGUUAUUGAUGUUGAGAACGGCAGCCACGAUAUCGAAACAAUUGUCCGGGCCCUCAUAACUGCCAAGACGAGCAGAGACAAGCCGACAUUAAUCAACGUACGGACAGUGAUUGGAAUCGGCAGCAAGUCAGCCGGAGACGCCAAAGCCCACGGAGCAGCUUUUGGUGCUGAAGAUGUGGCAAACAUCAAGCGCUCUUCUGGAAUGGAUGAGACGAAGCAUUUCCAGGUAUCAGAGGAAGUUUAUGACUAUUUCCGGGAAGCAAAGUCAAGAGGAAGGCAACUUGAAGCCGAAUGGGAUGAAUUAGUGAGUGGAUAUCGAACAAAAUACCCUGAUCUGGGCGACGAAUUUGCUCUUCGAAUGAAAGGAGAGUUCACAGAGAAUUGGGAAGAAAUAAUCCCUCCCAAAGAAAGUUUCCCGACAAGCCCCACGCCUUCGAGGAAAUCCUCUGGGCUGGUCUGCAAUCCACUUGCCGAGAAGAUCAAGAACUUUAUGGUCGGAACAGCGGAUCUCACGCCUUCUGUCAACAUGGUGUGGAAAGGUAAAGUGGACUUCCAAAACCCUGAUCUCAAAACCACUUGUGGAAUAAACGGCGACUACUCCGGUCGUUACAUCCACUGGGGCAUCCGAGAACACGCCAUGGCAUCCAUUUCCAAUGGGCUCGCCGCCUUCAACAAAGGUACAAUUCUCCCAGUAACAUCAACAUUCUUCAUGUUCUAUAUCUAUGCUGCGCCUGGGAUCCGCAUGGGAGCUUUGCAGAGCCUGCAACAAAUCCAUAUCGCAACACACGACUCGAUUGGCACUGGCGAGGACGGACCGACUCAUCAACCUAUUGCGCUUGCUAACCUGUACCGUGCGAUGCCAAAUAUCCUUUACAUCCGCCCAGCAGAUAGCGAGGAAACCGCAGGUGCAUAUAUUGCGGCCUUGAGAGCGAAAAACACACCUUCAAUCAUCUCUCUUUCCCGCCAGAAUCUCGAGCAAUAUCCCUCAUAUUCAUCCCGGGACGGCGUUCAAAAGGGUGCAUAUGUCUUUAUGGAGAAAAAGGAUGCUGAUGUAACACUUAUCGGCGUCGGCGCGGAGAUGGUCUUCGCAGUCGACACAGCCAAACUUUUGGAGUCGAAGUUCGGCCUGAAGGCUCGAGUCGUUAGCUUUCCUUGCCAGAGACUUUUUGACCAGCAGCCAAUUGAGUAUAAAAGAGAGAUUCUGCAGUACAGAUCCAAAGCCCCAAGGGUGGUCAUUGAGGCGUAUGCUGUGAAUGGAUGGGAGCGAUAUGCCGACGCGGGGUGGUCAAUGAACACUUUCGGACACUCACUGCCCGGCAAAGAUGCGUAUAAAUACUUUGGUUUUGACGCGGAAGUGAUUGCUCCAAGGGUUUUUGAAUUUAUUGAAAAUGUUAGGCAGGAAGGGGUUGACAACCUCAGAGGAGAGUUCAGAGAUUUGAAUACUGUCUCCCACUGA